AUGUCGUUACCGGCAGACGUGCAUCGCGGGACCUCUUCAUCGUCUCCAUCGUGGUCCAAGAAUCCCGCUGCAAGCGUUCGCAAUGCGCUCGCCCUGCCGCCCAAGUGGGUGCACAUGUACGAUGACUUCAUCACCAAGAAUGCCGGUCAGGUCUCCCAAAUAGAAUCUGCCCUCAGGUCGCUGACCUACAUCAUACCCGGACGCUUCCGCGAUGCCGAAAUCGCCUCCGAGACCGUUCACUCCGGAGUCCAGCUCCUCUCUCUAUACCACGAUACCCUUUUGCUGCGCGCCAUUAGCGGUUCCAAGUCUCCCGCUUCCGCGCGAAGCCCUUCGCCUCACAACCGUUACACCCGGUUUUGGACCCAGAAGAGCGCGCUGUACCGACGGGUCGCCAUGGUCCUGCAGAUCGUACAGUACACCGAGUUGCUCUGUGAAAUGGCUGCCAAGCGACGUGGUGAACGUAUUCGUUGGAGGGUCGUGAUGCUUAUCGAGGCCGUAAAGGCUCUCUGCCGUCUGCUGCUUCUGCGCAUCACCCGCUCGCGCCCUCUCGUGACGCCCGCCCUUCCCGAGCGGGAGCCUGUGCCCGAGGAUGUGAAAGAUGCCGAUGAUGACGACGCUGACUCGGGCGUUUUCUUGGAUGGCGAUGAAGACUCCGCGUCUAAUGGUGCACAUGGAACAGAGAACCAUGAUUCUGCGACAAACGGCCAUCUCAGGUCGGCCAACGAUAAGGAAUGGACCAUGCCGAGGACGGGCAUGCCACUGCCGUCGCUUCCCAACCCGGCCGAUAUCAGCGGUUACCUCCUCAGCCGCGUGCUGACGGCAGACGACAUCAAGCCCGCAACCAGACUUCUCAAUUCUCUGCGCGGAUCUGCCCAGGCCGCCGAAAUCCUUCACAUCCUUGCGCCGCUUGUCUACGUCAUUGCCCUCGCCCGUGCCAAGAACAAGAAGUCUUGGACGCCAUGGCUCAUCGGCCUGAGCAUCGAGCUCGCAGCCCGCCAGUUGCGAGACCGCGGAUUGCGGACAACGGCCCUCGAGCGGGACGAAUGGAGCAAGAGAGGCUGGUCCUUGGGAUGGUGGACCAUGAGGGGCGCAGCUUAUGAGAACUUCACCAAAGGCCUUGUCGGAGGAGUAAGGCGGAGAAUGCCGAGCUUGGUAGCAGGCAUUCUUGAGGACUAUGAGUAUCUGUGGGAGAAUUAUUACUUCAGUACUAGUUCCUGA